UCACUGAGCCACCCAGGCGCCCCUAGAGCAGAGAUCUUAACUGGUGUUCAACUUACUGCCGGGCCCUGGUGGUUCAUGGGAAAUCUGCAAAAGGACAGAGACUGGGAGAAGGGUCUUCUUUCCAGAGGAUCUUGGAGGCUGUUCUAGGUAACACCCAUCUGAAGAGGCUCUCUGAAAGCUGCCUGGAGAAGUUACAGUGAAAAUGCCCAAGUGUUGGCUCCACUAGGAGCCAUUAGGAGGGACAUACGUCCUUAGCUGAGUAGCUCCCUCACUGUGGUGUGAAUGUGGUUUGCAUGGGGUCAUUAAAUAAACAAGUGCCGACAAUUUUGCAUAUGUGCUCGGUGAUAUUUGUUAUAUCUUCUUCAAGGAACUGGAGGGCCACGUUUAUUUAAAUCAGUAGAAUCCAUGCAUUCCCUCAGCUCAGUGCAAAGACGCAAAAGCAGAGUGACCAGUUGGCUUGGUCUGUCAUGGUCUGUGCUCUCCAGAAGAACAACAGCUGUUGGACUCUUAUUUUUGUGAUGUGGAGCAUGUCUGGGUGUGUGGCAGGGGGAACUGAAAUGUCUUCUGCUGACUUUUUAUACCUUCAGAUUUUUUCAUCGCUCGUUUUGGAAAAGGGAAGCCCUCACUGGGGCCAAAUUUAUAGGUUUUUCUGUAAACGAGUCUUUUUUGUUGUUGUUUUUCACCGAAACUCCACUGGUGACUGACUUCCAGUGGUGGGAAGGUAAUGUGGCUGAACUUCUCACCGUGAUAAAGGAGAUUCCUAGCAAGGCUCAUGUUUAGGUGGAAAGACUUUUUCUCAGUGGUGGACACUUGGCGGACACUUGGAUGCUCCCGGGAGACUUAACGACCUUCAUACCACAGGAGAAAUGGAGGUGCCCUGUUCCAGCCCAGUGCUUUGGCCUCCCAGCUUUGAUGACAAAAGGCACAGCGAACCUUCUCACAGCCGCAAGGCUGGACACCUUCUGGUCCCAAGUAUGUGGCUCAGCAUCGGCCACAGCUCCAGAACAAGCCCCAGCCCCGCCCCGGCCAUACCAGGGCGUCCGCGUGAAGGAGCCGGUGAAGGAGCUGCUCCGGAGGAAACGUGGCCACGCCAGCAGUGGGGCGGCUGUCACACCUACGGCGGUGGUGCUGCCCCAUCAGCCCCUGGCGACCUACACCACAGUGGGUCCUUCCUGCCUUGACAUGGAGGUCUCUGCUUCCACAGUGACCGAGGAGGGGGCCCUGUGUGCCGGCUGGCUCUCCCAGCCUGCCCCGGCGACCCUCCAACCCCUGGCCCCGUGGACACCCUACACGGAAUACGUGUCCCACGAAGCUGUCAGCUGCCCCUACUCAGCGGACAUGUAUGUGCAGCCCAUGUGCCCGAGCUACACGGUGGUGGGGCCCUCCUCCGUGCUGACCUAUGCGUCCCAGCCACUCAUCACCAAUGUCACGACAAGAAGCGCAGCUGCGCCCACAGUGGGGCCCCAGCUGGACGGCCCGGAGCACCAGGCACCUCUCACCUAUUUCCCGUGGCCUCAGCCCCUGUCCACGCUGCCCACCUCGACCCUGCAGUACCAGCCUCCAGCCCCAGCCCUGCCUGGGCCCCAGUUCGUACAGCUGCCCAUCUCCAUCCCCGAGCCAGUCCUUCAGGACAUGGAGGACCCCAGGAGAGCCAUGAAUUCCCUGACCAUCGACAAGCUGCUUUUGGAGGAAGAGGAUGGUGACGCCUACGCACUCAACCACACGCUCUCCGUGGAGGGCUUUUAGGGUAUACUCCUGAUGCUGGGAUUUAAAACAGGAUUCAAAACAGGGAACAGGAUUCACAUCUGUUUGGAAUGGUCACGUUAUGACAGUCCUUGGCACCCCCAACUAGAGUGAGAGACCUUCCCUUCCUUCCUUUCUUCCUUUUCCCUUCUUCUCUCCCUCCAUCCCUCCCUUCUAUCCUUCCUCAUUUCUUUAUCCAUUUCUGUUCCUUUUGGAGAAGGAAUUAUAGGGAUUUUAGUGAUGAUAUUGAUGCCACUGUUGCAAACCUAUGACCCAGGUGCUUUUUUUUUUUUUUUUUUUGCCUCAUUUCAUUCACUGGAGCAAGCAGCAGCCUGGCUGAGCUGUCCUCAGGCCUGUGAAGCCCUGCCCUGCCCUCUGUCACUUUGAGAUGGAAGGGGUGUCCUACCGUACCUCCACGGGCAGACCCCCGCCAGAGUCCUUGAGCUGUCCAUUCCCACAGUUGUUCCGUUUGCGGUUUUCAGGGCUGGCCAGACUUACAGUCUCAGGCAGCAGAGUCUCAAGGCCUGGGGCUCAGGGAGGUGGAGGGGUGGUGGUCCUGAGAGAAAAGGGAACAUCAGAGUGGGUCGGGGCUGGGUCAAGGGACAGAGGAGGGAGGGGAAUAAGCUGUGUGUAUAUGGGGGUGGAGGGCAGGGCUGGGUUGGGUUGAAAGAAGAGGCUGAGGACCCAUUUAGCCCCAGAUUACUGGUUACUAAGUAGAAUAAACUCAACAAAAAUAUUGGUUUAAUGGACAGUUUUGCUGCUCUCCUUGAGGACACCUGCAAGGAAAGCUGGGCUCCUGCACAGGUCUGACUGCCUCCUCCUAUGGGCAGACCCUCUGUGGUGCUUGCUGGGUGGGGAGCCAAGACCCACCAAAGCCCAGGGGUGACUGCGUCCUUGCUGCCUCACUGUGCUUCUUGUGUGUCUAAAAAAAAACUCCAUAAGCCACCGCAAUGUGGAGCCUUGGCCUCCUUCCUAAGCACCGUCCUUCCUGGGGCCUUCUAGAGCCUCAGCUGGAAGAACCGCUAGGUUUCAUUUAGAUUUUUAUUGUUUUGCUGGGGAACUGCAGAUCUGCAGGUGCUUGGGCACAGGUGUCGCUGGGGGUACAGGGCUGCUGACAGGCGCUGUGCUUUGAGAUCCAGCACAUCCAUCUGCCAAUACCAGUGUGAGUGUCAGGCAAACACGCUAGUUGGUGGAGUCCAUGUCCAAGUGACAAACUUUUCUCAGAAAUGAUGGCUUCAUGGGCACAUUUCCUUUCCCAUCUUCAGUAAAAACUCCAGAAAGUUGCCUUUUAUUGGAUUUUCUUUCUGCUUUGGGAUUAUUGGGACCCACAUUUCUCAGCAUCUGCCUUUUAAAACCCUAUUACAAAUAUCUUGAAUUGUUUGUAUUUGGACUUAAUAUUUAGAUUUAAAAGGUUAAAAUUUUCAAUACCAAAUUUACAUCUUUGUUAGUAGUGAUGUUGAGUAGACAAAGAAGAGGAGGCCUCAGGCCCAUUUCGUUUCCUAGAGAAAACACUAUCCAAGAUUUUUCAGCUUAUUGUUUGAGAGUUUGAGAUAACAGAAGUGAUCUCCAUGAGGGAGUCUCAGCUGGGACAAACUAGCAUAGAAAUAAAGUACUUUAAGUAUUUGCUAAGAUUUAUAGGAUGACUUUUUUUCCCUCCUUAGCUUGGGGUACAAGGUCUUGGUUGUAAUAGUUUCUCUAGGUUUCUUUCUGGUUUUUCCUGCUAAGAUGGAAACAUUUUAAUAAAGAUUUGCUCAGACUUUUC